ACUCCACUACACUCCAAUCCACCGCAUAUCGAUCCAUCGCCGUCCACCGAUCUCAUCCGACCAUCGCAUACGAUCCUCGAUACAGCGAAGAAGUGGGAGAUCCCAAUCUCGCUGACUGUCUCCGUGUCCAUAUCUGUCUUCGACGACGCAACUGGUCAGCCUGAAAGACAUAUCAAUCCCGUCGUCAUCACGAACGCCAGGUCCCUUCGUUGUCGACAGCAGCACUUGACUGCUACUCCGUGACAACUUGACGACCUAUCCGGUCCUGACUUGACUCCUCGAAUCCCAUAUCUCUCCCGAAGCUCCCUUCCCCCAUACUCCACCAUGGCAGGCACACGGAACUAUGAUUUCCUCAUCAAACUCCUCCUCAUUGGCGACUCAGGCGUCGGCAAAUCCUGCUGCCUGCUGCGCUUCAGCGAGGACUCGUUCACGCCGUCCUUCAUCACGACGAUCGGCAUCGACUUCAAGAUCCGGACGAUCGAGCUGGACGGGAAGCGAGUGAAGCUGCAGAUCUGGGAUACCGCGGGCCAGGAGCGGUUUCGUACCAUCACGACGGCGUAUUAUCGGGGCGCCAUGGGCAUUUUGCUGGUGUAUGAUGUCACGGAUGAGCGAUCGUUUAACAACAUCCGCACCUGGUUCUCCAACGUCGAACAACACGCCACCGAAGGCGUCAACAAGAUCCUCAUCGGCAAUAAAUGCGACUGGGAGGAGAAGCGCGCCGUGUCCACCGAGCAGGGCCAGGCCCUCGCCGACGAGCUCGGCAUCCCCUUCCUCGAGGUCAGCGCCAAGAGCAAUAUCAACAUCGAGAAGGCCUUCUACAGUUUGGCUACGGACAUCAAGAAGCGCAUCGUCGAUACCCAGUCAUCAGCGCCGCAGGCGCAGAAUGUGGCGAUUGGGGAGAAGCAGCAGGGGGGGGGGUUGGGGAAGAAUUGUUGUUAG